ACAUCCUGCAAUAAGCCGGUGUCGUGACAUUUUGUCUUAUCUGACAAGGCAUACCAGUUUCAUUGCUGCCAACAAUCUACAGCUCAAUCUUCUCGACUGCCAAAGAUAAUACGGCAUCGUUUUUACCCAUCCACCAUCACGAACUAAGCCAAUAGCCUUUCUUUGGUAUUGUCCAUCGCAAUCAUGAAAUGAAUCAUAGAAAAUCAGAAUAUCUACUUUGAUAUGAAAGAAGUGAAAGGCUAAACUCCAUCAGCUGACUCUAUCCCCUGGUCCUGUUUCUUUUGUUGCCUGUUACGACGCAUCAACUGUAUCGAUGCAUGCAGGUAUUACGCCUGUAUCGACGACGAGGCUAGCCAUACCUGAGGCUGACAGCACCGCGUUUCUCCUCAGGAGCGCUGCCUCUGCUCAUCAUCCUAAUUAUCGUCAUCGGCGGCAUCGUGGUGCUGACGGCCGUCAUUCUCGUCGUCAUCAUGUGUCAGCGUCAUCAUCGGCGGGCCAAGGAGAAGCCCACUGCAGAAGAGGUGGCCCGGGACAAGCUGGGCCGGGACUCGGAGCCCAACUCGUCCGGCUCGGACCUCAAGGUGGAGAUCCGCACCACCUCGUCCGGCUCGGGUCACGUGAUCACUGAUCGGUGGGAUGGCGCGCACGAGCCGCCGCCCUCGCACGUGCGCAUGGCGGGAGUGGGCGAGGAGGCGCCCGCCGACAACGGCUUCCCGCCAUUUGUCAAGGAGGCCCCGUCCCCGGUCACCAGCGGCGGAGGCGUGGCGGCGUACCCGUGCUACGACCAGCACGGCUACGUCCGACCGCCCAGUGGCGGGCUGAGGGCGUUCUACACGAGCUCGCCGAGCACGCCGGCCGAGUACGCCCCGACCACGUCCGCGCUGAGCGACUACGGCCGCUACGGCGGCUACGGCGAGUACGGUGCGGCGGCCGGCCAGUACGUGGUGGACAGUCAGCUAAAGCCCGGCACACUAGCCACCCACGUGUGACCCUCGCCCGGCCGGCCCGGCCGCUGGCUCGUGUAGCUCCGGGGCACGGCCGGCGCCCCGCGGGCGCCGGGGGCGCAGGGGCGUCCGGGCGCGGCCGACCGGCACUGGCGGGCGCCCUCACCUUCCCCCGAAGAACGGUGUGUGCCAAAGAGGGGUGCCGCGCAGAUGAAGCGGCUUAGAGUGCCGAACAGAACUGCCAGAGUUGUUAGUGACGUGCCGAACUUUGCGAGAGUGUGCGUGCUUUGUUCGUUUUUGUUGAGAGUGGACAAAGAAAGAUACGGAUAUGUAGUGCGCGGACAUUACGUGUGUGUAUAUGACUAUGUUUUAGGUGGUCAACUGCGCGAAUCAUCACAUGGAGCAAUGGUGAAGUGUUUUGUCACUGUGUCGAUGUUUUCUACUCUAGUUCGAUGUAUUGCGACUGUGAUAAUUUGUAAAUAAAGAUGCUAUGACCUGUGAA